AUGGACGAGCCACAGGAACCCUUAAAGUUCUCCGACUUCACCCUGUCCAAACAUGGCAAUAAGAGAAUCAGGAUAAACAAACCAGAUGAAGAUGUGAAAUAUUUGAUUUCCCGUUUUACGGACAAUCGGGAAAUUAGCAAGUUAUCUGGCCCAGUGACAUUUAUCUCCAAAGACCAACAUGACGAAAGCCCCAAAGCAAAUGACAAAAACAACAAUGCCUUUUAUUGGCUGUUAAAAAAUUCAUCGAGUGAAAAGGCAAAAUCAAAUCACAAGUCUUACAUGUCAAAAAAGUGCAACAUGGACACAGAUGUAUUUUUUGUGCUGAUAGAAAAUGAAGAAUAUUCAGACAUUUACCCCGUGUCCAGUUGGCACGUGUUCGAACCGGAUCUGUCGGCAAAAACGUUAAGCAAGUUUAAUUUAGAUAAUAACCCGCAAGAAAAAUUAAGAGCAGAACAAAACAACAGAAGGCUAGAUGAUAUAAUUGAAAGGUUAAAAAAUAAGGAGGAGAAUAUGAAGGUAAAUUCCAAAGUAAGAGAAGAAGGAAAUAAAAAAAAUAAUAAAAAAAAAAAAAUUGUAAAUUCAGACUCAUCUUCUUCAUCAUCCUAUGAAGAUGACGAUUUAGGAUUAAAAAAACAAGAAAAAAAACGCUUAAAAAAUUUGUACAAAUUAAGAAUGAAAGAAAAUCAAGAUAAAAUUGAUUAUGUCGAUUCGGCUCUUUCCAUAACUGCCUUGAGAAAAAGUAAAGUCAAUUGGGAUUACAACAAUGAUGGGAAAAAAAGUGAUGAUGAAGACAUAAAUUUGGACGAUUCUGGCAAGGAAGACUUCGAUGAUGAUGACAAUAAUGAUGAAAAUGAUGAUUCGGACAACAACUCAGAUAUCGACCUUUCACGACUGACCACCUAUGGACAGAAUAUGAAGUCUCUCUUGAAGCAGCAAGUGCAUGAUGAGGAGGAUGACGAAUUGAAGCAGUACUCCGAUGAUGAUGAAGAGGAAACCGAUGAGGAAGACGAAGACGAAGAGGAUGAGGAAGAGGAGUUAGAGGAGGAUGAUAAAGUUGAUGACGGAACAGGAAAUAUGGCGAAGAAAAACCUAGGCGCCAAAAAAAGAAUGUUAAAAAUAGAGGCACAAAGGAAUGCCAAGAAAGGUGCUGCCCUGAACAAAGCACAAAAGGAUAAGCGUCACGUACAAGACGAUGAUGAAGAGGAGGAAGAUGAUGAAGACGAUGAUGAUGACGAAGAGGAUGAGGAGGAAGACUACCAAGGGGAUAAAAAAAUUACUCCAAACAAAAAGCAACCACAACAGUAUGCCAAAGCAAGCAGUAUCAACGAAUUCAUUAAGGAAAAAAUUAAAAACAAAGAAUUGCAAAUAAAGGAAGAAAACUGUGCCAAAAUUUUACUAAAACUGAUUGAAAAAAACAAUGGGAAAAUGGACAUCUUGACACUGUUGGAUGUUUUAAAUAUUAAAGAAAAAAACCAGAGCUUCUUAAUCGUCCAGAAGUGUAUAAAAAAUAUGUGCAAUAUUAGCUCACAGACGAUUAACAAUAAAAAGGUAAAGAUGGUAUCUGUGAAGCCGAGGUUUGUUCCGAAGAAGUAG